AAGAUCGCAUCCAUCUUCAACUAGAAAUGGUUUACAAACUACAUCUGACCCAGGCAAUCCUCCCCGAUUCCGUGCGUAUCGGUAAGGAGUCAUUCAAAUGCUCCGGUAUGCAUGCAGGCUAAAACGUAUUCUUGUGAAUUUGGGAAAGGUCAUUUAAAGUGGAAAGUGCGUGUGCGUCGAGUAGGCUAUGAUUUGUGACAAAGGAAAGAUAAAGAAGAGGAAGCUACAACAGUAACUUCAGGUCUCAUUGCGAAAGCGCCUUUAUACAACACCACGGAAUAAUCAUGCCUGUUCGGAGAGGUCACGUUGCGCCACAAAAUACAUUUCUUGGAAUAAUAAUACGGAAAUUCGAAGGACAGAAUAGGAAAUUUGUUAUAGCCAAUGCCCGGGUACAGAACUGUGCGAUCAUCUACUGUAAUGACGGCUUCUGUGAGAUGACCGGCUAUUCCAGACCGGAUGUCAUGCAGAAGCCAUGCACCUGUGACUUCCUCCACGGCGAGCACACUGACACACAUGCCAUCAGCCAGGUGGCCCAGGCUCUGAUGGGCUCAGAGGAGCACAAGGUGGAAAUCACAUAUCACCGCAAAGAUGGGUCAGACUUCCAGUGCUACACUCACAUAAUCCCGGUGAAGAACGAGGAAGGCGUAGUGAUGCUGUUCAUCCUAAACUUUGAUUACGUCCUUGAGGAAGGAAGCAGCGACUCGACAGAGAAACUGAACCACACAUCCCCGGAAAGAACUGAUUCCGGAAAGGGACGAUUCUUCCGAUUCCGCCAGGCUGCCUUGAGUCUGGUCUCCAACAAACAGUCUCUUCCACAAGAGGACCCAGAUGCCGUCAUGGUGGACUCACCCUCCUCCUCGGUGGCUCUGACCAAUUUCCAGUCACCUCCGACCAAGGAAAACUGCAGCCCCACCAAUGCCAAAGACACACGGGCCCUCAUCAGCUCCAGCCACCACUCCUCCCAGGCCAGUUUGCAUGGACCCGGACCCCUGAGCCACUCCUCUCCCAAGCAGUACCCCUGGGAAAGGCUGUACCAGACGGAGGCGCACCAAUCCACCACCUGCCUGGCACACACCAUCUCCAGAGGCAGCAUCAGCGGGAGUAGCAUGAGGCGAGCGUCCUCCGUCCACGACAUAGAAGGCUUCAGCAACUCCAAGAGCAUGUUCAGGGACCGACACGCAAGUGAAGACAAUGGUCGCUAUAUCCGAGGUCCGUUCAAUCAUUUCAAGUCCAGUUUGCUGGGUUCCACCUCGGAGUCCAACAUCAACAAGUACAGCACCAUCAACAAGAUCCCGCUGAUUGCGCUCAACUUCACAGAGCGGAAUAACGAAAAUAAGGCACAAUCUCCUCCAUCGUCAGAAAACACUAUCAUAGCACCCAAGGUCAAGGACAGAACGCACAACGUCACUGAAAAAGUCACACAGGUACUGUCACUUGGCGCUGAUGUCCUUCCAGAAUACAAGCUCCAGACUCCACGCAUGGACAGAUUCACCAUCCUCCACUACAGUCCCUUCAAAGCUAUGUGGGACUGGCUCAUCCUGCUGCUGGUCAUCUACACAGCCAUUCUUACUCCCUACUCUGCUGCUUUCCUACUCAAUGACCGCGAGGAGCAAAUGAGGCGCGAGUGUGGAUACUCCUGCAAUCCCCUGAACGUGGUGGAUUUCAUGGUGGACAUCAUGUUCAUCGUUGACAUUGUUAUCAACUUCCGAACCACCUAUGUGAAUCUGAACGAGGAAGUGGUCAGCCAGCCAGGGAAGAUUGCCAUUCAAUACUUCAAAGGCUGGUUCCUUAUAGACAUGGUGGCUGCGAUCCCCUUUGACCUGCUUAUCUUCGGUUCAGGAUCAGAUGAAACUACCACUCUGAUUGGCCUGUUAAAGACAGCCCGACUGCUGCGAUUGGUGCGUGUGGCCAGGAAACUGGAUCGUUACUCUGAGUAUGGAGCUGCUGUGCUAAUGCUACUCAUGUGCAUCUUUGCACUUAUUGCUCACUGGCUAGCCUGCAUAUGGUACGCCAUUGGCAAUGUGGAGAAGCCUUACCUGGAGCACAAGAUUGGUUGGCUCGACAAUCUGGGGGUCUCCAUUGGCAAGAGGUAUAACUACAGUGACCCUAGUUCUGGGCCCUCCAUCAAGGACAAAUAUGUCACAGCACUUUACUUCACGUUCAGCAGUCUAACCAGCGUGGGCUUUGGGAAUGUCUCCCCAAAUACCAACUCAGAAAAGAUCUUCUCUAUCUGUGUCAUGCUGAUCGGCUCCCUCAUGUAUGCCAGCAUCUUCGGUAACGUCUCAGCCAUCAUCCAGCGGCUGUACUCUGGCACAGCAAGAUACCACACCCAGAUGCUCCGGGUUCGAGAGUUCAUCCGCUUCCAUCAGAUCCCCAACCCACUAAAGCAGAGACUGGAGGAGUACUUCCAACACUCCUGGACCUACACAAACGGCAUCGACAUGAACACGGUGUUAAAAGGAUUCCCUGAGUGUCUUCAGGCAGAUAUCUGCCUCCACCUCAACCAGGAUCUGUUGGAGAGCUGCAAGGCCUUCCAUGGAGCUACCAAGGGCUGCCUGAGAGCCCUGGCCAUGCGCUUCCAGACCACCCACGCCCCCCCAGGGGACACCCUGGUCCACUCUGGAGACGUCCUCACCGCACUUUACUUCCUGUCUCGGGGCUCCAUAGAGAUCUUGAAGGAUGACAUUGUGGUGGCCAUUCUGGGGAAGAAUGACAUCUUUGGGGAAAUUAUCCAUCUGUACUCCAAGCCUGGGAAGUCCAAUGCGGACGUCAGAGCCCUGAGUUACUGUGACCUGCACACGAUCCAGAGGGAGGAUCUAUUGGAGGUGCUUGACAUGUACCCUGAGUUCGCAGAUUUUUUCCGGAAAAAUCUGGAGCUGACAUUCGACCUCAGAGACGAGAAUGGCAAGGUACAUUUACAUCAGAUGGUCCUAACACAAGCCUAA